AUGGCCUGGCUCGCGGCCUCGCUGGCCGCUCUCGCGCUCGCUUUCCUCACCUCGCAGCUCUACGCCUUCCGCCGUCUUCAGCACAUCCCCGGCCCCGCGCUGGCGUCCUGGACCAGCCUCUGGCUCGUCUACGCGCAGCUCACGGGCCGCAUCCACCUGAUCCUGCAUCGUCUCGUCUCCCAGCACGGUCCCGUCGCCCGCAUCGCCCCCGACUGGGUCGUCGUCGGCGACGCCGCCGAGAUUCGCCGCAUAUGGGGCGCCCGCUCCCGCUGGACCCGCGCCUGGUGGUACCGCGGCAUGCGCAUCGACCCGUACCGCGACAGCUCCUUUUCCACGCGCGACGACGCGCUGCACGCCGCCAUCCGCGCCAAGCUCCUCCCGGGGUACAGCGGCCGCGAGGUGGACAACCUGCAGGCGCUGGUGCAGGCGCAGGUCCAGGGCCUGGUCCGGCUGCUGGACAGACACGUCGCGGCCGGCGCCGGCAUCGUCGACAUGGCGCAAAAGGUCCAGUACUUUGCGCUCGACACCAUCUCCUCGCUCGCGUUUGACGACCCGUUUGGCUUCAUGGAGCACGACGAGGACAGGUUUCGCUACAUCGAGACGACCGGGAACACAGUCUACAUCCUCGUCGCCACCGCGCUGAUCCCCGGCAUCAUCAGCCUGAUCCAGUCGCCGUAUCUGCAGUGGAUCGCGCCCAAGAUUAAAGACAUGGCGGGCAUCGGCGACGUUAUCAAAACCGCCGAACGUGUCGUCGCCGAGCGCUACGGCGCCAGUCCGCUCGUCAAGCGCGACAUGCUCGGCUCCUUUGUCCGGCACGGCUUCUCCCAAAAGGACGCCGAGACGGAAGCGCUCAUCCAAAUCAUCGCGGGCUCCGAAACGACCGCGACCGCCAUCCAGGCCACGCUCUUGCACAUAAUCACCGCGCGCCACGUCUACGCCCGUCUCCAAGCCGAAAUCGAUGCCGCCGCCGAGCACGGCCGCCUGUCCGCGCCCGCCACCAACGCCGAGGCGCAGUCGCUCCCCUACCUGCAGGCUGUCCUGCUCGAGGGCCUGCGCGUGUUCCCGCCGGCGGCGGCCCUGUACCCCAAAGUGUGCGACACGGACGAGGUAGUCUGCGGCGUGUCCGUCCCGGCGGGCACCAACGUGGCCUGGUCGCCGUGGAGUAUCAUGCGCGACAAGGACGUGUUCGGGGCCGACGCGGACCUCUUUCGGCCGGAGCGCUGGCUGGAAGGUGACAGGCCCAGGGCCAUGGAGCAGACAGUCAUGAUGGCGUUUGCGGCGGGCAGUCGGUGGGAGUGUCUGGGAAAGAAUAUCGCCCAGCUGGAGCUGAACCUGGUCUUUGUCGAGCUAUUCCGACAUUUUGAAUUUGCGCUGGUGAAUCCUGCAGUUCCGUGGAAAUCUUUUAAUGCCGGCAUGUUUUCUCAGAGUGAUAUGAACAUUGCCGUCACUCGGCGAAGCGCUUUGUAG